AUGUAUCCCAGUUGGCAAAGUCCUGAUGAUUCGCCUACCGUACAGCCUUACUGGAGUCAACACGUUAGUCAGGCAGCUAGUGCCGCAGCUACGCAUCAAAAAGUUGCGGUUGCAGCAGCAGCUUAUGAUCCGCUGCUAUAUCCUGCCCAAAAUUAUAUGAAUAAUAUGAAAAAUAUGCUUGGUGCUGCUGCGCAAUGGGUCGAAUCAUCAAGCACAUUUCCAAACUAUAAUGCUUUACAACCAGCGUCAACAUCGCAUUUGCCGGUGAUAAGUGGUGAACGAGCGGUGCAAAUUAACCAGCCGGUGUUUCCAUGGAUGAAAAUGAGUGGUGGUAAAGGUGGUGAAUCAAAAAGGACGCGACAAACAUAUAGUAGAAAUCAGACGUUGGAACUUGAAAAAGAAUUCCACUAUAAUAAAUAUUUAACGCGAAAAAGGCGACAAGAAAUUUCUGAAAGUUUACAAUUAUCUGAGCGGCAGGUGAAAAUAUGGUUCCAGAAUAGGCGAAUGAAGCAUAAAAAAGAAUGUAAAGGUGAAGUAACAACAGUAAAUGAAAGUGAUGAAAGUGCCGAUGAACAGAUACCAUCAACAUGA